CAAACAAAAGAAUGUUUUUUAUAUAUUUUUCAUCAUAUCAUUAAAAAUUUUUGUGUCUGUCGUUAGAACAAAAAAAAAAAUUAAGUCAAAAUUUCUAAGUGAAUAAAUUUGAGUAAAUAAAUAAAAUAUUAUUUAUCAGAUAAAAUAUUGUGAAAGAAAAAUGUCUCAUUAACCCAUUUUUGUUUGAUUGAAAUAGACAUCAUUAGUUUUUAUUUUUUUUUAUUUAUUUUAUUUUAUCAAAGCCAUUAUCAUUUGAGAAAUCAUGUCAAAUAUUAAAGCCAAGCCUUUGGCUCUUAUUAUAACAGCAAUUAAAAAUAUACAAAGUCGACAUGGACCAAAUCCACGUGAAAUUUUAAAUUAUAUUUCAUCAGCUUGUGAUGUUCCUGAAGAUGUAGCAAGGCGUCAGGUGUUGGCGGCAUUAAAACGAGCCAAAAUGAAGGGGAUCUUACGAGAAACAGAUGGUCACUAUACUAUACCAAAUGGAGAAAUGGAUCUUAAUUCAAUUGGGUAUAAUAAGCUUGGUCUUUUAAAUCUUGUAUGCAGAAAACGUAAGCAAAUGCAACGAAAAAAAAAAUCAUCGGGCCAUUGUGGUAGUAUGAGAAAAAAAAGUGCUAGACGUGGAAGAAGUAGAUCAAGAAAAUCGAAAUCGAGAAAAAUGAAAGGAUGUGGUAGUUCUCGUAGACGUAAAAGUAAACGUAAAAGUAAAUCACGUAAACAACGUAAAAGCCGUAGUAAAUAUGACUGUGGAACUAAAAAAUCAAGAAAAUCCAAAAGAAAUAAACGUAAAAAGAGCAAACGUGGAAAUUGUGUUUGUCCAGAAAAAUUACAACGUCCAGAAACAAAAUCAGAUGUUUGUUCUGUAAAGAGUGAAAAAGAUAGCAACAAGUGCACAUUGGAUUUUGAUGAUGUUACGACAAAUCCACAUAGAAAAUUAAGUAAAAGUCGAAGUGAUUGCCGAAGUCGAACACGUAGUCGUGGAAGCAGAAGUGGAAGUCGAAGUCGAAGUCGUUCUUCAAUGUAUUCAUAAAGAAAAAAACAAAGAAGAAAACAAAAAAAAUCAUGAGCAUAAAAAUCGAUUUAUAUAAAUUGAUUUUUAUCUAUUUUAUACUACCAGUUGCUUAGUACAAUGUGACAUGAGUCAUCUUGAAUUUUACGAUAUGGUUUUUAUAUUUUUAUAUCUGAUUUUUUAUUAUAAUUUUUUUUAUAUGUGGUAAUAUACUUGGAAUUUUAUUACAUGAAAAUUAUAUUUUUUUUUUGUCUUGUUUAUUGUGAA